AUGGACGAAGACGAACCCAUGCCACCAGUCGACGGCGAUGAGUCCGACGACGACGCCGCGGAGCGCCUCCCGGACUUGACCUUGUACAAGAUCCUUACCCUCCUGCCGCCGUCCUCGGCCACGAGGUGCAAGGUCGUCUGCAAGAGAUGGCGCUCAAUGAUCUCCAGCCCCUCCUUCGUGCGUGACCAUGCCGCAGCCGUGCGCUCGAGGGACCCUUCCAUCCUCCUCUUCGACGGCGCCGCCCGCUUCCCGGGCAGGAUCGUCGACGAGAACAGGACAGCGAGGCUGGCGCUGCGCCGAUGGAGGGCAGAGCCCACGGAGGGCUACGGCGUGCAGAACUGCUGCGGCUCCCUCGCCUGCCUUCGGAACGGACUCGGCGGGGCCGAGCUAGUCAACCCGGCUACCGGCGACUGCUUCCGUCUUGGCGGUGACAGCGACGUCGUCCGCGACCGCGGCACGAGGACGGGAGCCGACCAGCUCCCCUGGUACUGCCUCGGACGCUGCCCGUCGACCGGCGAGUACAAGGUGAUACGCUUCGACAUCCGCGUGCCCUACUCCAGCGCCCCGCACGUCACGUGCGAGGUCUGCGCCCUCGGUGGCCGCGGCGGCCAGGGCCUCAGCCGCAUGUGGCGGGAGGUGGGAGUGUGGGAUGUGAACUUCUGCCCGAGCGAUGGCGGCGUGCACAUCGCCGGCGUGGUGUACUACGUUGCUAACUUCUUGGGGGCACCCUUUGUCGUCGGCUUCGACCUUUCGACUUACCAGCUGCGCCACAUCGACCUCCCCGCGGUCGACGACGCGGUGGCGUCGCUCUCCGAGCUCGAGGGGCGGCUCUGCGCGUCACUGGUGCCCGCUGGGCAGUGGUGCGGCGACGGCGGGGUGAACAUGGACCUGUGGGUGCUCCCCGACGGCGGCCAGGACCAGCACGAGUGGAUCCACAGGUACAGGUUUGAGCUGGACGGCAGCGCGAGGCACAUCCCGAGGCCGCUGUUCGUAAGCGGCGGCAGGAGGCUGAUCAUGAAGUGCGCCGACGGGUCGCUAUGCUCCUACGACGUUGCCGGCGGUAGUGACGAAGGUGCUUUCUUGGUAUUCCAGCACAAGAGCGGGCAGCGGAUGAGAGGCGCCACCGCCGACGUCUUCGUGGAGAGUUUGCUCCCCGUGCGCACCAUCCUGCAAUCCUAG